GAUAAGUCUGAUUUCAAAUGAUAGCUUUUAAGUGCACAAAGUGUAUAUGUGUAUGCAUGUAUAUAUGCAUACUACUACAGUAUGAAAAGUGUAAAUAGUAGACGCACGUGUGUUACUCCGAGUUGCAAAAAUAUUUUCCGUGAACAAUAUAAAAAGGAAAAAAAAAUGGAUCACAAGACGAGCAGAAGAGCGCCAAACAUUUUAAUUACUGGCACACCCGGUGUUGGCAAAAGUGAAAUGGCAAAAUUACUUGCUGAACGUACAAGUUUUACAUGGCUAGAUGUUAGUAAGUUGGCUCAAGAACACAAGUGUUUGGAUGGAUAUGACGAGGAAUAUCAGUGUCCAGUUUUGGAUGAUGAUAAAUUACUAGAUUUAAUGGAACCAAUGAUGAGCAAUGGAGGAAAGAUUGUUGAUUAUCAUGGAUCAGACUUUUUCCCUGAAAGAUGGUUUGACAUUGUAUUUGUUUUGAGGACAAAUAACACUAUAUUGUACGAUCGUCUGGUAGCAAGAGGAUACUCAGGAAAAAAGCUGCGAGACAACAUUGACUGCGAAAUCUUUCAGACGAUUUUGGAUGAAACCAAAGAAUCAUACAAGAAAGAGAUAGUUCAUGAACUACAAAGUAAUGAGCCUGAAGAGACAAUUGAAAAUGUCAACCGAAUAUGUCAGUGGAUUCAACAGUGGACGUUGGAUAAUCAAAAUACUUGA